UUUCCGAGGAUAUAGUACUGAUCGUGCGUCGUACAUAUAUACAACGUUAUUUAACACCGGUUAAAGACCAGUGAAACUACAAAGCAAUAGUAUUCUCAAUUUAGAAAUCCCCAGCGAAAAUAACGUAAUUCACCUGCGUAAUUUGAACUCAAUAAGUGAUAAAGGAAGGGUGGGUUCAACUUCGCGCCCAAUAGUGUUUCAAGUUUUACACGAUGUAUAGACAGGGGUAGAAGAGACGCUCGAGGAAGGUGUCAAGGAAGGUGGGACAUGUUACCCAGACGAGGCUGAAAGACUCUCGGCGAGGUGAGCCUGACGUGUAGUCAAGAGCUAACAAGUGAAGUGGAGUUUAGCGGAAGAAGAAAGGAGGAAAAGGACGAAGGGCAUAUUGUACACGCCCGGCUGUCAUAAACGAGAUCCCAACGAAGACGCCAUGUUACGGAGUCGUUUGCCGAUGGCGAGUACUCUAGUGCUUUUAUUUGUCUACUCCAUCAUCAAAACUAUCUCCACUGAGGAGUUGAAUAAUACUACUACAGAAACAACAGACACAUCAAGUACACAAUAUUUUCUACCUCGUGCUACUCUGGAGAUUGAUUCCUCUCAACAAAUUGAUGAAAUAGAAGCUGGUAGUACACCUUCUUUUAUAUGUAGGCUCAGUGAGCCUGGCCAAAUUCUGUGGACUCGAAAUGACAAAAAUGUCACAACUGUUGUUGAAUCAGAAUAUAAAGUAAGACUGGAUUUAAAACAAGUCAGCAGGGAUGACAUGGGAAAUUAUACGUGUAAAGCUAAAACUAAUGGAGGGGAAUAUCUUGAAAAAAAGAUUAAUAUUAGGGUAAUAGAACCGGGAAGAGUAGAGCCAACAAAGGAUGUUUGGGCGAAUACAACAUCGCCUGCUAUUUUAUCAUGCCAUAUUCAUGGAUUUCCUCUAAGUAAUUUUAGUUGGGUAAAAGGAAAUAAUUUUGAAAGUGCGGAGGAUUUAAAAGAACGAUCACAAGUCUCAAAAGUGAAUGAAACUUACUAUAUUUUGACAUUAAAUUUUUCUCGGGUCUAUAGAAAUGAUAACGGAACGUAUUCGUGCUUAGCAUACGAUUAUAACAGGCUAGUGAGUGGUUUAAGAAAUUUGUUUGUCGUGGAUGUUCCUCAAGUAAACAUCGAUUUUAUGAAAGCUGUAGGCGCUGAUAAAAUUUAUUUGAAUUGGACUGUAAAUAAUGGCAAUAUGCCUAUUGAUGUUUAUGAAAUUAAAUUCAGAAAAAACGGAAGUGAUUGGCAGUAUCAUAGUGAAGUGAUCAACGGAAGUAAUACAGAUUAUGUUUUGAAAGGUUUAGAAAAGUCAACUGCUUAUCAAAUAGGCUUAGUUGCGACGAAUAAAAUUGGUAAAUCCCAAGUCCACAUUGAUCCACGACUGAUAACAACUCUUGAAGAAGAUCCUAUCUUUGUGCCAACCAGCAUAGUUAAAGGUAUAACUGGCGGUUCAAUAACCCUAGGCUGGACUCUACCUCCACCACAUCUCAAAGAUCAUGUGCAUUUUUAUAAACUGAUGGUCAUCCUCGGGAACGAAAAAAAAGAAACUGUGCAUCAUCCUCAAACUGGAUAUAAAGAAUAUGUCUUUACUGAUCUUAAACCGGCUACGACCUAUCAAUUCAAAAUCGCCGCAUGCAGUUAUUUUACAGAACAGUGCGGUAAUUGGAGUGAUGUAGUUAAUGGUACAACUAUGGAUGGAAUUAGUGGUCCACCGCAAAACUUUACUGUUUCAUGUAAUUAUGAUGAAAUUAGUAGAACUAAUUUCGUAUCAGUUUCCUGGGAACCUCCUAUUGUACACAACGGUGUGAUAAUGCAUUAUCAGUUGGAACUUUCAGGCAUUUCUAGGUAUCGUAAUGAUCGUGCAAAAAUUUAUGUUGAUAAAUUUGGACCUCUGAGUCAUAAUAGUAAAGAAAAAGAUAGAAGCUUUGAAUUUAAACGACUUCCACCAAAUACCAAUUAUACCGUCAAAAUUUAUGGUGUCACUAGAGUUAAAGCACCAGGUAAAGAAGUAGUUGGAAAUUGCACAAUGCCUGGUACGGUUCCAGAUAGAGAGAGUUUAAAUAUGCGGAAUUGGCGGAAAAUUGAGCACGAGGGAAGACAUCUUUUCAAGCUCUACCUGCCACGAAUAUCUGAGAGAAAUGGCCCAAUUUGUUGCUACAGAGUAUUUUUGGUAAAACUAGCACCGCAUAAAACUUCAGGAGAUCUUCCCUCACCGGAUGAACUAGAUGUUCAUUCUUAUCAUUAUGCUCACGCAUCACCAGCUGGUGGGGCUUAUUUAGCAGAGCUUUUUGAUAGUGAUCACUUGUUAUCUGAAGUUUUUCUUGGUGAUGGUUAUACAAAUUUUAAUGGUAGUUCUGCUUGUGAUCAAUGUAUUGGUUUACGUCCUAAACCUUCACCAACGCUUCACCUUAUGCCUGAUGUGCCAACUACUAUAAAUACUACCAGUACGCCCACUUCUACAAUGCAAACAACUGUAUCUGUAACUACACCGCCUAGUGCUCAGCCAACAAGCACCAAUCCUAGCGUAGAAAUAACGAGCUUUAGUCAAUUGGAAAGUUUAACCACGACUCGAGCUACUAGACGUAAACGAGAUAAUUCUAUGAGUGACACUAUGAUUAUCGAGAGCCCUCCAAAGUCUGGACAAUAUCCUCCUGCUGAUGGAUUCCUUGAUGAAAAUUCAAAUUAUACGGCAUUCAUCGAAGUCAUGGUCUACGGAAAUCAAGAAAGGCAGGCAUUACCAGCUUAUAGUGGUUAUUUAAAUACUUUAUUUGGUGGUUUUGAACCUCGAGCAAUAGCAACAGAACAAGUGGGAACAUUAGGAAUGAUACUUCAAAUCUCAGUGGCUUUAAUUCUCAUCAUUUUAAUACUGUUAAUUGCACUAUGUAUUCUUCAUAGAUAUACAAAACGUGCAGAACAAAAUGGUGAGGAACACAUCAUCUUAAGGAACAGCACGAGGACUAUAAGAAGAAGACGCCAACUUGUUGCAGAUAGUCCGCCGGAUAUGCCACCGAUCGCUAAGAAUGAUUUGCUUCAAGCUUAUGUAGAACGCCAUCGUGAUUCUGACUACGGUUUUCAACAUGAGUUUGAGCUUUUACCGGACAGGUUUGCUGACAGGACAACACGAGCAUCUGAAGCUCGGGAGAAUCUUUACAAAAAUCGUUACCCUGAUAUCAAGUGCUACGAUCAGACACGUGUACGUCUCUCACAGAUGGAUGGGAUUGCUGGCUCAGAUUAUAUCAAUGCAAACUUUGUACUGGGAUACAAGGAACGAAAAAAGUUUAUUUGUGCUCAAGGUCCGAUGGAUAAUACAGUUUGUGAUUACUGGAGAAUGAUUUGGGAGCAACAUUUAGAGCUAGUGUUGAUGUUAACGAAUCUUGAAGAAUAUUCUAAGACAAAAUGUGCAAAAUAUUGGCCUGAUAAAGAUGAGUCAAAAAUUUUUGGAGAUAUUACAGUUGAUCAUGUAAGACAAAGAGCAUUUUCUGACUAUAUUAUAAGAGAAUUGAAAAUGACGAAAAUAGGAGAAAGAGAUACUAGGACAAUUAUUCAAUAUCAUUUCUUAGUUUGGAAAGAUUUUAUGGCUCCAGAACAUCCUCACGCUAUUUUACGGUUUAUAAAGCGAGUGAAUGAAGCAUACUCUCUUGAAAAAGGUCCCAUUCUUGUUCAUUGUAGUGCAGGAGUAGGAAGAAGUGGUACACUUGUUGCUCUAGAUUCUCUUCUUCAGCAACUUGCGGAAGAGGGGCAAGUGUCUAUCUUCAAUACUGUUUGUGAUCUUCGACAUCAGCGUAAUUUCUUAGUACAGUCUUUGAAGCAAUACAUAUUCAUUUAUCGGUCGUUAAUGGAAAUGGCAACGUAUGGAGAUACGGAGAUUCCAAUAUAUCAACUCAAGACUCAAGUAGAGAAAUUGAGACAAAGAGAUAAUGGAAAAGAAAAAUUCCGAAUGGAAGAAGAAUAUGACGGACUUGUAUUAAAUUCACAAAAGAUAAGUUCCGUUUUAGAAGAACGUAAAUCAUUUUCCGUAGGAGGUGGCGAAGAAAAUCGGAUUAAGAAUAGAAGUGAAUCGAUAAUACCGUAUGAUCGUAACCGUGUUAUUCUCACUCCUAUUCCAGGAAGAGAACAUUCAACGUAUAUUAACGCGUCGUUCAUUGAAGGAUAUGAUAAUUCUGAGUCAUUUAUCAUUACGCAAGAUCCUCUAGAUACAACGAUCGCAGAUUUUUGGCGAAUGAUUUCUGAGCAGUGUAUUUCUACUAUUGUUAUGCUUUCAGAUCUAUCUGAAGGACCUCGUAAAUGUCCACGAUAUUGGCCGGAAGAUGAAGUGGCUUACGAACACAUUAGAGUGAGAUAUAUUCAAAGCGAAAGCUGUCCUUAUUACACACGUCGAGAGCUGUGUGUCGAAAACACAAAAACUGAUGAAACUGCAGUUGUAACACAGUAUCAAUAUCAUGGUUGGCCCACGGUGGAGGGUGAAGUACCGGAAGUGACGCGAGGACUCAUUGAGCUUGUUGAUCAGACGCUUUCUAAUGAUGUAGAAUCGACGGUUCCCAUUGUUGUGCAUUGCAGCUUUGGUUCUGAUAGAAGUUCAAUGUUUGUUGCUCUUAGUAUUCUUGUUCAACAAUUGAGAACUGAAAAAAGAGUUGAUAUUUUCACAACGACGAAAAAACUCAGGUCCCAAAGACAUGGAAUGAUUAGCAGUUUUGCGCAGUAUGAGUUUCUUCAUAGGGCUAUAAUAAAUUAUGCAGAUUUACACAACCUCACUGAUGAUGAACCAGAGUCUUAAUAAAAAUUCAACGGCAUCAUUAAUUCAUGUCUCGGAAGACUGACAACUACAUUUUUAUUGAGUAAGUCAUUGUUGGAUUUACCUAGAAUGAAUUUUGUCAAAGUUAAAAAACUGAGUGUAUCAAUUGAAAUAGCCAAAGAAACAUUGGCUUUACUCAUGUAUACAUGCAAGUCGAGUGUUGCGGUUAUCGCAUCAGUUUAUAUACAAUUGCACGUAGAAUAAAUUGGCUACGAACUGUAUCCUGUAACACACGCGUGUAAAAUGAAUUGCAGGAAAAUAUUAAAACUUUUUUUAUUGGUAAAUAAUGAGAAUGACAUCAUUCUAAUGGAUAUGAUUAACAAAAAUGAAAAAUAUCAGCUAAAUUUAAGUUGCAGUGUUCUCUUGCUCGCUACAGUGAAUGGUGUGGAAAUAAUGAAUGAAUGUUGGUGUGUUUGUAAAAUUUAUAUAUGAGAAGUUAAAUGAGGGAUGGGAAUAAUUAUAAAAAAUGCUUUGGCAAUAUUGUAGCGCAAAUUUUUAUAAGUAGAGCCUCUGAUCGUAUUAUUCAUGUGCCGUAAAUAUUAUUGACUCGGUUAUCAAUCAACCGUUAAUAUGAAUCUCGCCAUAGUUAAACAUUUCAUUAUAAAUUGUAAAUAGUAUACAUACAAAAAUAUACAUUUAAAGAUGAAUCUUGUGGCUGCGUUAUACAAUACAUAAAUAUUUAAAAAUUAUACAUAUGUGUGGUCACAUGAGAGUAUGAAACACGCGUGCGUGCGAUGAAUCACUCAUUAAUGUAAUUUUUUUUCAUCAGAAAAUUUUAAGAAAAGUAAAAAUAAUGGGGAAAGACUGAUA